AUGAUGGUAUCGAUACCCUUGCCUCUUGUUGUUGUUGCUCUUGUGCUACUCCCUCUUGGCAUUGCCAAUGGUGAUGGCCUGACCCGAUCUAGGGAGCUCCAAUUUAGCCCCCGGCAAACGGCCUUGGAGUGGGCGCAAGGAGAUCCUCGCGCCAACGAUUACAGUCAAGAGAGAACUUUACAGCGUUUUGCACUGGCUGCCAUCUACUAUGCCGCCGGGGGCGAUGAUUGGGAUAACAACAGUGGGUGGCUAUCCUACGAUGUCGACGAGUGUUCCUGGUAUUCUUCCUCGAGCCGCCCCAUCUGUGAUCCCGAAGGAGUGUACAGGAUCCUUGAUCUUACGUCCAACAACCUGGUUGGGUCCUUGGCUUCCGAAGUGGUUUACCUGACCAGGCUGAACGAACUGUCUCUGACCAGCAACGGUCUAAACAAUACCAUUCCUUCCUAUGUUACAUCCAUCGCGAGUCUUACCCACCUCAAUCUUGAUUCAAACGAUUUUUCUGGUGUCAUCCCUGAAGAUUUGGGCAACCUUGUCUUCCUGCAAUCACUCAGCCUAAGCUCCAAUAGCCGCCUAAAUGGAACCAUUCCUCCAACAACUGGUUCCCUCAGCAAUCUGGCACACUUGAACCUCAGUUCCUGCGAUCUUUCCGGUGUUAUCCCUGAAGACUUGAGCGGACUGGUCUCCCUGCAAUCUCUCAGCCUGGGUUCGAAUCAGCGCCUGAAUGGAACUAUCCCUUCCAGUACUGGUUCGCUUGGCAAUCUCGAACAUUUGGAUCUUAGCGCCUGUGAUCUUUCCGGUGUUAUCCCUGAAGACUUGAGUGGACUAGUUUCCUUGCAAUCUCUUAGCCUGGGUUCCAACCAACGUCUGAAUGGAACCAUUCCCAAUGCAACUGGUUCACUCGGCAGUCUGACCCAUUUGAAUCUCAGUUCCUGUGCCCUUUCCGGUGUUCUCCCACUGGACUUGGAGAACUUGGUUCAACUGAGUGAACUGGAUGUGUCUGAUAACGCCCUGACUGGCACGGUCCCUCCUGAGUAUGGAAACAUGUCGACAUUGGCUCAUUUGAACCUUUCAAGUAACGCGCUUAGCGGAGUCCUUCCAGAAGACUUGGCGAGACUGCUUCGGUUAAGAGUGCUAGCUGCCGACAGAAACCGCUUUCGCGGGGCAAUCCCAACAGGGCUGAGCCUUGUCCUUCGACACUUGGACUUGAGUUGGAAUGGUUUCUCGGGUGUGCUUCCAGGGGAAAUGUCAAAGAUGGUCCAGCUGCAGCAGUUGGUUUUGGACGGCAAUGAGAUCAAUGGUGCCAUCCCCUCAGAAUACAGAAACCUCGUGUCCUUGGAGACAUUUACAGUGAGGGACAACUUCCUAACUUCAACCUUGCCACCAUCACUUUCUGAAGUGACUUCUCUGAAAUUUCUUGCCGUGGAUGAAAACCCUAUCGAUGGAACCAUUCCUGUGGAGUAUGGCAUGAUAUCUGAAUUGGAGUAUUUUUCUGCUAGCAAGACACGAUUAUCUGGACGCAUCCACUCUGAUUUAUUUUCACUACAGAAGCUAAAGUCACUUUAUGUGGAAGAGGCAAGAUUUACCGGCCCAAUCCCCAGUGAAAUUGGGCUGGCGUCAGCUCUGUCCUUCUUUUCUGCCAACUACAAUCAACUGUCAGCCACGAUACCAACUGAAGUAGGAAACACCCGGAUGCUACGAGAUCUCCUUCUAAGAAGCAAUCAGCUGAGUGGAACAAUUCCUUCUGAAAUAGGUCGUCUAACAAGCAGCAAAGCAAAGCCCUCAUUGAGUGAGGGGCCAAUUUUCAUUAGGCCGUCCACUCUUACUAAGGCUGUGAAAGCCAUUGAUCCCUAUCGUGUUGCUGCAGCACAAGGAUUGCGGAAUCUUUGGCUUGAUGACAAUCCUCUGCUGACGGGCACUGUUCCUACCGAGCUUGGCAACCUUGACGCUUUGGCUUCAUUUACGUUCAACAAUACUCAAAUAUCGGGAUAUCUCCCACCGCAGUUUUGUGAGAAUGAAACAGCAAUCAUGAUCACAUGUUCUUUUGAGCACACUUGUUCUUGCUUGAUUCGAGGUCAAGCUGGUCUGGAUACUGCUGCUACCCCAUCUGAGUUUCCCACUCCGCAGCCAACAGCCACGCCGGGAACUCCCACAGCCACCCCGACACGUUCUCCAUCGAGGUCUCCCACGCCACGGCCAACAGCAACGCCAACAAAAGGACCCACCAAUCCACCCACAUUUCCACCAACCAAUGCCCCAACUCCCAGGCCAACUACAUCGCAACCAACUGUUGUGCAAGGAUCCCCAAGUGUGACUCCAACAUACAUGCCAACAGAGCCACCCACUUUGCGCCCAACUGGAGCACCCACAAAGGCUCCAACAACACUGCCACCAACCAACAUCCCAACCUCAGCUCCAACUACAGCCAACCCAACCAAUGCCCCAACUACUAAAGUCCCUACAGCUGCUCCCACCUUUGCUCCAACCACUGCUGCACCAACCAACCCACCAACUAGAGCGCCAACUACAGCAGUACCACUAAUUGCACCAGUCACAAUGCCCCCAACUUCGGCACCUGUCACCACAAGACCAACCAACAUGCCAACCAACCCACCAACAACUAGAGGACCCACCUCAAUGCCGACUCCUCAACCAGUGACUUCCUCUCCUACACCCGGCCCUACAUUGCGCCCAACAGGCCAGCCAACACCAAGUCCGACUCCUGAGCCCACUUUCGAACCCACGCCACAGCCAUCUCCAAGCCCCACAUCCAACCCAACAAGUCCACCAACAACAGCCAGACCCACUCCAGCUCCCACAAGAGAACCCACAUUUCCUCCAACCGCAAGUCCCACACCAGAGCCAACCAGGCAACCAACAAAUAGACCAACACCCCAACCUACACCUUCACCUACAUUUGAACCAACAGAGCAACCAACGCCACAACCUACAUUUGAACCAACACCACAACCCACUAGGUCGCCAACCGAUCGACCAACACCACAACCUACACCAGAGCCCACUCCUUUCAGACACAACCGAAACAAAACCAAACACCACAACCGACCGCGCUCGCCAACAAGGCCCAACACCGGAACCUACCCCGUUGCCAACAGAUAA